AUGUCUAUCUAUCGCAGAGUCGGACGUCUUAUGGGAUCUCUUGGUCUCGGGGAUUCAGCCCAGAAGCACUCGGGAGAGGCCCAGAAGCGUUGGGAAGAGACCCAGAGGAAGCGUCUAGAGUCAUCGGAUUGGGGAUAUCUCACUGCAACCGGGUCAUGGAUGAGCCGCAUAUAUGGAGCAGAGCGCAGCCUUGUCGAAGUAGCUCAAAAGGAGGCACUGGUUGACGAAGAAACAAAUACUCUUCUGAAGAACUCCGCCGUCGAGCCCUGGAACUACAAUGAGGAGAGUGUUUUAAACGAACGUGAUCGCAAACUUGGCCUCCUCAACAAGGAAUAUUGGCACGCAAAGUGGAACCUCCAGAACAGCCAAGCUACAUGCCCAUAUGAGCCUUUGGAUAGCGCCUAUACCUGCUUUCGAGAGAAACCCCAGUGGUGGCUUUUACCUUCUCUUCGCGCCGACUGUGCUAAGAGGGGUGGAUGUUGCUCUAGAGACUGCGGUUGCUGCGAGCGUGCUAGACAUGCCAAAAGACCUGAUAUCGUUGGGCACUGCUCGCCAUCCUGUGGUUGCUGUCUGCGAGCUCGUGGGUUCGAGCUGAGCCCUGAUGAUGCAGCCAUCUUUGAACCCAGGUAUAAUCUUUCUUACAAUCGCUCGGUCUUCCGGUCCAAGUUGAUGAUUCGUUAUUUCUUUGGUAUCGAUGGAUGA